GUUCGGAUUUGGUCACCGCGGUGUGAAAGCGGAGCCCCGGUGGAUUUUUCCUUAAACCGCUUCGUGUUUUCUGCCGUCAGGUAAAGAGUAUUUCACUGAUAGGACAGAGAAAGCUUCGUCUGCAGCCUGCUCGCUGGAUAUGUGUGCAGACACUGUGAGCGCGGUGUCUUUUGGAGUUGUGACCGCUCAAUUGACAGACCUGGACCGGGACCUGGAUCGCCACACACGGACCUCCUGGAAGCACAUUUGAAUGCCUUUGCAAGGGAUUUGCUGGUUUCUGUGCUGCAGGCAAGGCUUCAGUUUGCUCGGACGGGACUAUGGGGAGAAAGAGGAGGAAGAGUCUUUUGAAUUGCGCAACAAGGAGGACUUGACUUCCAAUGGACGGAGUCCAGCUGAGGUGACUGCUUCUCAGCCAACUCGAACAGCCAAUGGAACAAAUGGGCACGUGGUCUCGGAGGCCUCUGAUGGGAAGAGCCUAAUCAAUGGGAAGAUGAAAAUGGGGCUGGAGGAAGAGGCCGAGUUGCUGGUCAAAGGGUGGCUGUUUCGAGAGGUGAGAGGCAGCUGGAUUAAGCAGCGGCGGUACUGGUUUGUGUUGACUCAGGAUUCCCUCGACUGCUACAGCGGACCGGAGAAAGGAGCCCGCAGACUCUGCACGCUGGUCCUCACUAACCUCUGCUCUGUCAUCUGGCCAGACAAGCAGACUUACAAGGAGACUGGCUACUGGAGCAUAACAGUUUAUGGGCGGAAGCAUUGCUACAAGUUGUAUACCAAGCAUUUCAAUGAAGCUGUGCACUGGGCAUGUGCCAUCCAGAAGAUCAUCGAUAUCAAAGCCCCCGUGGAAACUCCUACGCAGCUCCUGAUCCGAGACAUUGAGGAGAAUAAGUUCAACCCUGAAGCUGUGGAGCAAAUCUACCAGCACAACUCCAUCUUGAAGUACACACACGGCCCGCUGUAUGCUCCUCUGCUGCCUUUCCCCUACGGCAGCCUGGAGCACACAUACCACAGCGGAAAAGGCUACGGCUCAGUGCGCGAGGAAGCUGUCAAGCUCUUCAACUGCCUGCAGCAGCUGGAGUCGGCGCGGGAGCCGGUUUCCAUCAUUCAGGGCGUGCUGCAGACCUGCUUGGACCUGCGACCGCUCCGCGACGAGGUCUACUGUCAGCUGGUGAAGCAGACUAGCCACACCCCUGACCCGUACACAGCUGCGCACCUCCGCUACUGGCAGCUCCUCACCUGCAUGAGCUGCACCUUCCGUCCCAGCCCCACCGUGCUCAAGUACCUGAGAUUUCACCUCAAGAGGAUCCAGAACCAGAGUCCAGAGUCUGAGAUGGAUAACUAUGCGUCAUUCAUCAGCGAGGCUUUAGAAAAGACAAAGUGCCGGGAGUGCGUGCCAUCCUGGGAGGAGAUCCAGAUGCUGAUGAACAGACAGGAGAUGCUUUGCACUGUGCACUAUCCUGGCCCAGGUUUCUGCCAGCUCUACAUCAGCUCGCACACGACAGCCAAUGAGGUGGUGCGAAGCAUGCAGGAGAAGCUCGGCCUCCAGUACAGUAAAAACACAUUUGCGCUAUAUGAGCAGAAUGCACUGUGGGAGCAGCCGGUUGCAGGCAGCGUUCUUAUCGCCGACAUCUUAACCAGCUUCUGUACCAAAGAGUCAGAGUCCAAGUCUGAGUGGAAGUUGUGUUUCAAGCUCUACUGCCUGUUGGACGCAGACAGUAUCGCCGUGGACAGCAUUGAGUAUCUCUUCCUUUUUGAGCAGUGCCAUGAGAUGGUCGUGCGCGGUCAGCUGCCCGCCUGUGAAGACGACCUCCAGGCCCUGGCUGCCCUCAGGCUUCAGUGCCUGAUGGGCGACUUCAGCACACAGGCUCCCUCGCCGCCCCUAGACGAGCUCUUCCCGACACACGUGGUCGAAGCCCGUGUUCUCUUGUCCAUUUCUACCCCUCAAAGCUUGCCUUCUUGCCAGAUGGCAGCUCAGGGUUGCCCGGCGACGCAGCGCUUCCCUACCGGGCUACUGGCAGGGGCGCUGUGGAGCCACACGGCUACAGCAGCACAUAAACACAAAGUGGAGCAAGACAUGCGUCUGCGUAGCCGGCUGAAAGAGGAGGCGGCAGCUGUAAUGAGCUGCAUCUUGGAGCGUUGGAAAAAUCUGGCUGGCUACAGCCGCAGGGACAGUAUGGCCGCCUACCUCACCAUCGCACGCCAGUGGUCGGGCUUUGGAUGUACACUCUACGAAGUAGAUUUCUACAUUAGUUCUACGGGAAGUUUUUCCCAGAAGCUGUGGUUGGGUGUAGCUGCAACAUCAGUGUCGCUUUAUCGACAGGGAGAAGCAGAAGCUCUGGAAUCAUUCCCAUAUGGCCAGAUCUGCUCCUACGGCAUGUCGGACAGCAACACCUUCAAGAUCACCGCCGGGGAUCGGGAUCUGCUGUUUGAAACCACUAAGCUGACUGAGAUCAUGCAGCAGAUGAAUGCUUAUUUCAGUGCCAUCCAUCGCCAACGGGGAAAAGGGGAAGACGUUGACAUCACUGUGACAGAAAACACCGAGCUGGGAUUCCAUCACCUGGCCUCGGCACCAACCCCGACUCUCCUGGAACUGCCUUCGCACCCUGUGUGAGCGAACCAUACCCAGACACCCCCUACAUCCACAGUCCUCCUCUGCGUGGCCUCCAAGAGGCCAGCCCGGGUCCUCAGUACCCCGCACCA